CGCGCGGCACGCGGCGCCCUGUACGCACGGGUUUCCUUGCGUUGCGUGUGGGCUAUUCAUUUUUUUUAUUUAUUUAUUUACCGUACGUCAUCCCUUCCUUUUUACCUCACCCCCACCGGAGAACGAGCCACGUGAAUACGCGGAAUUCGCCUCCCGCGAGUUAAUUAAUUAGUUAAUUAGUUAAUUGAAUAGAUAAUCAGCUGAUGAAUUGAAAGUAAUUAGGAAUUUUUGGGGAAUUGAAGAUUGAAAAUCGAAGGGAUUGUUUGAAAGUUGAAACGAAAUUCCAAUUUUUAAAGACAAAAUUCUCGGAACACGUGGUACCCAUCAGAGUGAUAAAAACUGUCCCGGGGCUCGGCGAUUUAUCAAUUAAAUAAAAAAAAGGAUUCGGUGAAAAAAAAAAAUUGCAUUCACUCAAGAAAUUUUGGUCCCGAUGAUUCAAUUAAAUUCCGUCUGCUCGACGAAGUGAGAAAAUAGACAGACGGAUUAAAACAAGGAACGGAAAUACAAAGGGAAAUAAAAAGAACAGGCAAUAGAAAGCUAACGGAAGGAAGAGAGACAGAGGGAGACUUGGGUUGGUGGCGAUGAGGGACAAGUUCUUGGAAUUCCAGGGUGACAUUUCCGGUCUGUGAAAUUCAACGGAGCUAUGGCAAAUACGUUCUAUUGAAUCGUAUUGAUGACGAAACAAUUAUGUCGUACAUCCAAUACACACCGGCAACCACUCUGCAUCACUUGGGGGAACGAUUCAACGAUUCAACGAAAGACCUGAAUGAAAUCUGGAGGAGUCCGGGAAAUACGUAGGAUUGAUCACAACCGCAUGAGUUGCUAUUAUUCAUGUGAUGAUGGAUAACAAAUAAUGAUCCACGUAAAUAGGAUAAAAAAACGUCCUCUUGCUUUCUCCUAUUAUUUUUAAUGUUUAAAGUGGGGGAAUAGUGAAUAUCCACGGUCAGUGUCACUUGGACAGUCACACUGGGAACAUUAAUAUCCCAAGCCACCCACUCAUCAACCAUCAAAUUCAAGGAGAGCCGGUCAUAUGUGUUCUACAAACUACUUUGAGAUCCACUUUACACUGCCAACUUGAUGACUCCCUGGUGCUCAAGACUGAGAGAGCUUGCUCAUUGAUACAAAGGGAGUGAUAAAAAAGCUCGAAUGACUUUUACGAGGCCCUGAAAAGACAGCAGGCGGGGAUUUAAACGUUUCGAAACUUUUUCUGUGAAUUUCUUUUUUUUGUGAAAUUUUGAGAAAUUUUGUGAAGUAGUGAAUGUUGUUUUUGUGAUUUUUGUUUUCGUGAGUGAACAAUUGAGGUGUUACCAUGUUUUUUUACGUACUCUUGGUUGGUCUGGUGUCCUCUGGUUAUGCCAAACCUCAUUCAAUGCUGUAUGCUGACGACAGAGUGCAAAACUAUCUCAUGAGGUUUGGCUACUUGCCGAUGAGCGAUUGGGAGACCGGCAAUCUGAGGACUGAUGAUCAGCUGAGGGAUGCCAUUAAGACUCUUCAGAGUAACGGUGGAAUAGCUGUGACUGGAGAGAUAGACGAGGCGACGAUGGAACUAAUGAGAUCACGUAGGUGCGGUUUAGCGGACAUACCAGAUCCGCGAUAUCGUAGAUCAAGACACAGGAGAUUCACCAUUCAUGGACAGCCAUGGCCGCACAAGAAUCUCACCUGGAGUUUGAGGACAGAGCAACCGAGUGGUUUAGACACGUACGGUGUCAGACAGGAGCUGAGCAGAGCUCUGGAUCUCUGGGCGAGAAAUUCAAAGCUGACAUUUCGGGAAGUUAACAGCGACCGAGCCGACAUUCUCAUCUACUUUUAUCGAGGAUAUCAUGGUGACGGAUACCCAUUCGAUGGAAGAGGUCAGAUCCUCGCUCACGCUUUCUUCCCAGGUAGAGACCGCGGUGGUGACGCCCAUUUCGACGAGGAGGAGAUCUGGUUGUUGGACAACGACAGCAACGAAGAGGGGACGAGUUUGUUUGCCGUUGCAGCUCACGAGUUCGGCCACUCGCUGGGGCUUGCUCACAGCUCAGUCAGAGGGGCUCUCAUGUAUCCCUGGUACCAGGGGAUAUCAGGGAAUUAUGAGCUUCCGGAGGACGACAGGAACGGAAUCCAACAAAUGUACGGCGCACCGGAGGAUAAAUUAUGGGGCAAUUUACCAGACGCCAGACGUCCAACUCGUCCACCAACAACAACAACGACAACAACAACAACAACAACAACAACAACAACAACGGCUCGAACCCGUUUACCAACGAGAAGACCCUGGAAAACCCGUCCAACCAGGCCAAACACUUAUCCAGAUGAUACAAGUCGAGACAGAAUUAAUCACUAUCCAUACAAGCCAAACUGGCGUACAGAGAGACCUGAUUAUUAUCCGCAACGGCCGGACUAUCCAGAUAGACCGAGGAAACCACACAGGCAUCACACGACAACAACCACCACUGUCACACCCCAUCGACCAAGGCACAGAUGGACACCACCACCUCGGAAUGAUAUUCCUGAUAAGUGUGACACGGCCUAUGAUGCCAUUAGCAUUAUUCGACGGGAGGUUUUCAUUUUUAAAGGAAGGUAUCUUUGGAGAAUAGGCGAUGACGGGCUUUACGAGGGCUAUCCAGCUGAGAUAACCCGUCUAUUCAAUCUGCCCCAGGAUAUUGAUCAUGUGGAUGCUGUGUACGAGAGACAAGACAAGAAAAUAGUAUUUUUCAUUGGAAAGAAUUACUACGUUUUCAACGCUAAUAAACUCGAGCCCGGCUAUCCUCAGCCCCUGAGGACACUUGGAUUACCGAAUGAACUUGAGAAGAUUGAUGGGGCCAUGGUAUGGGGAUACAACAGCAGAACUUAUUUCUUCAGUGGCACAAUGUACUGGAGGUUUGAUGAAUCGGAGAAUUUUAUUGAGUUGGAUUAUCCCAGGGAUAUGACCAUGUUUGCUGGAGUUCCUUAUAACAUCGAUGCUGUCUUCCAGUGGAAGAAUGGAAAGACCUACUUCUUCAAAGGCAAAGGCUACUGGGAAUUCGAUGACAUGAGAAUGCGGGUGGCACACGAACGUCCCAGGCCUUCCGCACCAUUCUGGAUGGCCUGUCCUCCGGAAAUGGAGACUAAUGACAUCGAUUAUCCGUCCCACAGGGCAAAAAUUAUCGAGAGCUCCUCGUCAGCAUCUACAAUCACAUUUUCUGUUAUAAUUAGCAGUCUCUUUGUACUUGCAAUUAGAAUAACGUAGGUCAUUAUUUUUUUACGAUUUUUUUUUUGUCACGUGAAAAUAGAAAAGAUAAUCCGUGGUGGAGACAAAUGUGCCUAAUUAUUAAGUAAAAUUUAAAAACACUGCCGAACAAUUAGAAAAAAUUAAAUUGUUAAAGGUUUAAGGAUUCAUUAUUGAGAGGACACAAAAUUGGAAGGGAAUGAAAAAAUCAAAUUAACAAAUUCAAAAAGGAAUAUGUCAACAUCGGCUGAGUGAAAAUCAACGAUUUUUUUUUUAUUUUCAAGAUACUUUUGUGCAUUUUGAAAGAACAUUUGACUCGUAGAAAUCGCAUCGUUGGGUCUCGAGAUAUUUCAUAUCAAAGGCCGUCAGUUUUUUUUCAGUUUAAAGACCUUAAGGGGCCAAUUAAAAUAGAUGAAUUUUCCCAAAAAGUUUUGUGUUCUUAUUAAUCUCAAAAUGAUCCUAUACCAAUGCAUAACAACAAACAACAAUCCAUCCAAUAAUUGAAUCAAAAAAUUAAAAAAUAAUUUUUAUAUGCGUCUUUACAUGAUUUAUUAUUUUCAUGAAACUACAAUUAAUGGCACGAUAUUUGUGCAUCAGUUUUAUAAACUGUGAUAUUUAUGUGAAACUCAAAGAAUAUGGGGAAAAAAAUAAUCUUAUAUGUGUAACGGUAUUUAUAAAUAGUGAAUGAGAAGAAAUAGCGAUGUUGUUGUUUAAUAUUGGAAUAGUCUGAGACAAGUUUUCUACGUAUAAAUUUUUAUGAGCUUCUUGUGAUUGCAAAAAAGUCGAUUUACAUCACCAAUAAUUAUCAAUCAAUAAUCACUCAUUAAAAUUCUUUUUAAUCCAACGUUUUUACGAAAUCUCGUCGCAGAAUCAAUUGACGUGCAACUUCUAGGGAAUAAGUGGAAUAAUGGAGUGGAUUUAUAUGGUUAAGUGAAUAAAUUCAGAACCACUGUAUAAAUAAAUAAAAAAAAUGUAUACGACUCAA